GAGCGUGCUGUUGUGGAGGCUGGUGUAGUGUUGGUCGCGCCCGCCACUCGUCGACACCGUGGCUCAACCUGCUCUCUCACGCCGCACAAGGGAGCGGGGCCGCUAACACCUGGCUGCGCCGGGCCGUCACUCAGUCUCCGUGGAGGCGUGGGAGCAAGGAUCUGUGACAUUUCAGUGAUGUCACUCAGUUGACGUGACUUGCACGAGGAUGGCGCAGUGAGUGUGUGUAGAAUCAUUCUCAAGUGCUCUGCUGAAACAUGAAACCGUUAAACACCUGCUGAAAGUGUGUUGUGCUUGUGAUUUAAAGAUUGGAAAUUUAUAUAUUCGCUGCCAUCGUAGACAAGAAGAAAAGAAAAGAAGGAAAUAACCGAGAUUGUGUGGUGCUGGAGAGACUGGUGGUGUGUGAGGCGGGUACGGUGAGUGUCAAGGGAGUGCGUGACCGUCCUGCCACCUCCACCACCGUCGCCGCCGCCGCCUCCGUCACGCUGCUGCUGCUGCUGCUGUCUGGUAGUAUGGCCGUCACUUAGCGGGGCCGCGGCCGCACAGCCACAGACAUGUAUGCCUACGCCGGGGCCUACUCUGGGGCGUACAUGGGCGUGGGGUCUGGGGUGGGCGGGCUGUCCGGGGGCAGCAUGACAGCACCAGCGGCCCAUCACCAGGUGCUGGCUACGCCCACGCCCAUACCAGCAGCAGCAGCAGCCGCCGCCGCCCACACCAUGACCACCACCCUGCCCCCCACCACGGUUAAGCGGAGGUCAGAUGAGGAGGAGAGCUCCGGGUCCAAGUAUGGACGGAUGGAGUCAGCGGAGGAUAGCAUGCAGGACAAGGAGCGCUAUGCCAGGGAGAACAACUGCGAGAUCGAGCGUAGGGAAAACCACUGCGAGAUCGAACGUCGCCGUCGCAACAAGAUGACGGCGUACAUCGCAGAGCUGAGCGACAUGGUGCCCACCUGCUCGGCGCUGGCCCGCAAACCCGACAAGCUCACCAUCCUCCGCAUGGCCGUGGCCCACAUGAAGGCCCUCAGGGGUAUGGAGAUUACCAACGGCAGUGGAAUGGGAACAGGAAACACCAAUGCAGAUGGAACCUACAAACCAUCUUUUCUUACUGACCAAGAGUUGAAACACCUAAUUCUUGAGGCAGCUGAUGGUUUCCUCUUUGUGGUUGCCUGUGACACAGGGAGAAUCAUAUAUGCCUCUGACUCAGUCACUCCAGUCCUUAACCAGCCACAGAGUGAUUGGUUUGGAUCCAGUGUAUACGAUCACGUUCAUCCAGAAGAUGUGGACAAGGUUCGAGAACAGCUUAGCACACAGGAGCCAGCCAACCAAGGGCGAAUAUUGGACCUCAAAACUGGCACAGUCAAAAAGGAGGGUCACCAAUCAUCCAUGAGAUUGUGUAUGGGAUCUAGGAGAGGGUUCAUCUGCCGCAUGAAGGUUGGAAGUGUCACACCUGAGAACAUGAACUCAGGCCACUUGAACAGAUUACGACAAAGAAACUCCUUAGGACCAGCCAAUGAUGGGCACAACUAUGCUGUUGUCCACUGUACAGGAUAUAUUAAGAAUUGGCCUCCAACUGGUGUUCAAAUGGAUCGAGGUGAGGAGGAAGCUCAUGGAGCUUCUCACUGCUGUCUGGUGGCCAUUGGACGACUUCAAGUUACCUCAACCCCCAAUACGUCUGAUCUCAUGGGAUCAAACUCUCAAAAUGAGUUCAUAUCUCGUCAUGCAAUGGAUGGAAAGUUCACCUUUGUAGACCAGCGCGUGAUGACUGUAUUGGGAUUUUCUCCUCAGGAACUACUAGCCAAGCCAUGUUUUGAUUUUUUUCACCCAGAAGACCAGACACACAUGAAAGAAAGCUUUGACCAAGUCCUGAAGCUGAAAGGUCAAGUGAUGUCCGUCAUGUAUCGGUUCCGAGGAAAAAACAGAGAAUGGGUUUGGCUCCGAACUUCUGCCUUUGCUUUCCUGAACCCUUACACAGAUGAUAUUGAGUACAUAGUUUGUACAAACACUGCUGCAAAAACAAUACAGAGUGGAAGUGAGAUGAGUGGCAGCAUUUCUGAGCAGCAAGAAGUCAAUUCAUUGAGCACUCAGUAUUCUACUCAUCAGCCAGGGCUAGAGUAUUCAUUACAGCGGCAACGAGAACUUUACCCACACAUGAUUCAAUCACACAUUCACACAGGCACAGGCAGACCCAGCAGUACUCAAGCAGUGUACAGUGGAUAUGAGGCAGGUGCUUCUCCUUUGGCAAGCUUCUCCCCCAGCACUCCACAGGCCACACCCCUCACCACCCAGGCAUCCUCCAGUAUCUCCCGCAUAACAAAAUCCUCCUCUCCCCCAACAACCGCUCAUCCUCCAACAUGGACAAACAUUAGACAGGGUGAAGGAUACAGCUACACCAGCAGUAUGAGUCCCUCCCGCUCCCCGUCUGCACCCUCUUACACGCCUCUCUCCACUACCCGCUCCCUUCCAUCAUACACCUCAGCUGCUCCUUCCUCAGGCAUGUGGCAGUACAGCAACAUUGGAGGGGAGGGAGGCAGUGUGGGCCCCUCCACCAGCUCAGUCCACCCGAGCCCCAGCACAGGCCACCAGGUGGGGGGGGCGCCAGGAACACAGCCGGAGCUUACAGAUAUGCUGCAGAUCCUGGACCAGUCUGCCCCAACAAAUUUUGAGGAUUUAAAUAUGUUCAACACAAAUUUUGAAUGAGCAUUUUCUCAUGAAUUAAUAAUAAAUUAGUUUGUUAUUUGUAUUCAUUGCCUGGCAAGCCUUAGUAUUCAGUCUUGAUGUAUUUUGUUAAAUCUCAACAAGUGCCUCUGCUACAACAGUGUCAGUUUCUUUACCAUUUAGAGAAAAUAGUAUUUUGUAUAUAGUCAAUUAUUUAACGGUUGGUAAUAAUUUGUGAAAAAUAAUGUUGGAUUCUGGAACUUGCCUUAACAAGUAAAUUUGUUACCAGCUGCUUUUAGUGGAUGAUGCUGCCUACUUGAGGUGAGUUUCAGAAGAUUAAGAGACAUUGGUGCUGGAUAAUGGAGGUUAGAGAAGACUUAACUUUAGGUAAGCCAGGUUUUAGUGCUCCACACAAUCCUUAGCUUGUGUCCAAGCUUUUUAUUGACAUCCAUACAUCAUACUGUGUGGAGUAAUUUCAGAUGCAAGGCAUUCUGAGGUUAUUGCAGCAAUUAAACACCAGUCAGGUAUGGGUAGCACCAUACUGCCACAUGUAGUUCAGCAUUUUGAGCAUUGCUGUAAGAUUGAGGGUAUGAUAUGUUGUGCUGAUAAUCAAAUCACAGUUUGCAGUUAGGCUGUUUGUUUGCUGGUAAUCAAAGUAUUACGUCCUUCAUAGUUGUUACUCUUGAAAUCCCUUAAAGGGAGCUUAUGACUGAAUUAUUUUUACAUGCUAUACUAAAUCUUAAGAAUUUUUAUCACACUGUAUAUUUAUGCACAAUUUAGGAAGCAGUAGCUCAAGCACAUGUCCAGGAAUAAUGUUCAUUUUAAUGAAGAACAUGUAAGUGUCAUGCAGUUUUCAUUCCAUGUUGUAAGUUGUUAUUAUUAUUAUUAUUAUUAUUAUUAUUAUUAUUAUUAUUAUUAUUAUUUUGUUUUAUAUUAAGUGUUAUGUAUAUGGAAAUUAAUUUGUACUGCAUACCUUUGCUCGUCUUUCAGAUACCAAGAAGUAUGUAUCUUUAUCAUCCUGUUUUCUCUGUUCAGUUUUCACUUUUUUAUCAGUUUCAUUCUGGUAAUUGAAAGCUUUUAUUUUUAUUUAUUUAUUUAUUUAUUUAUUUUCAUCAGAAAUUCAAAUUAGGUGUGGACCUCACCACUUGCCUGCACUAUUUAGGGCCACCAACACCACCUGAGCUUUGCAGCAAAAACCUCAGAUACAUAUUGUUUUAAUUUAUUAGUUAAUAUAAGUAUUUUAAUAUAAUAGUGAAAGCUACAGAAGCAGCAUUUUUUUAUUUUGUUGUUAAAUUUAGGUUUAUAAUCUUUUCAUAUUAGUUGACAAAAUUUUGUGGCCAAAGACUGAAAAUGAAAUGCAUGGGUGCAUAGUGUGACAGUUGCUAGUACGCUACACUUUUAUCAUUUAUACAUGUUUCUCACUCUACUUUUUCUUGCUCUCAUUGUUUAGGGUUUAUGUCAAGCAUUUAUGUCAGAAGGAAGUCCUGUGGUAAAUUUUGCCUGCAUAGAUAAUGUCCCUGAUGGCAGAAUUGGAACCUUUAACCUUUAUAAAACAAGUGAGGCCAAUAUCUGUAUUUCAAAAGAUUGUGGAUUUAUAACUGAAUAUAACGGACGCUAGCUGGAAGAAUCAAUAGUUUCACUUUAAUGUUUGAAGUCAUAUUUCAAAAUGUAGUCACAUACAAAUAGAAAUACAUUCCAAGUAAUGGUUGGUUGCUGGCUGAGUUGAUAUUUGUGAAAACACACACAUACACUUAUUACUUAUCCAAACAUUUUAUUAUGAUUAUUUGCCAUUCAUAAUAUAUCUACCUCGAGGUUCUGCAAAAGAUUCUUUUGUGGUGUUGGUGUGCUGAUUGCAAAGGAAAAGUAAUAUGUGCCAGAAACAUUGGAGUAAAACAAAACCUCUCCUCCACUGAACAAAUGUAAUUCUUUGAGAGUAUUUUUCCAUUUUCACCCAUAUGAUUACCCAUUUUGUGGGUAUUAGCAGUUGCAUUCAACAGGAAGUGGAAUUGUUUUAAAAUUAGUAGGUAUCAUUUUUUAUACAUAUAUUUUACACAUUUAUACAGUGAACCAGGGUUUUGGGCACUAACAUACUUCUUCAUUAGAAGAUGGUUACUGGAUCAUAAUCAGUUUCUUUGUAUUUGUAGUUUAGAUGUUGAGUAACAUGCUCUGUUAGUUAGGUCUUGUAGUUGUAAAUUUAACUGUUGUAGUACUUUCAUGGGUAAAUAGCCAUUUUUUAAAUGGUUUACCAAGCAGUCAGGUUUUGAUUGUUUGGCAUGUACAAUGAGUGUGUAAUAUAUAUAUAUUUUGUCCUCAUGAUGUCAGUACAAGGUAUCUCAGUGGUCUGAGAGGGUUUUGCACGUCUGGUGUUUAACACCAGUAUUUAAUUUAUAGACAUAUCAUUCAUAGCUAGAGGGAUGCUAGUGACUUAAGGCUCAUUCAAGUAACUUUUCAAUUGUAAGUCACUUUAGUUUGGAAAAAACAUAGCAUUAUAAAUUAUUUUUUAAUCAAGAACUCAAGAAACUUACACUCUACAAGAGUUUGAUAGAAAAGAAAAGAUUGAAAAGGUUAAAGAUGUGCUCAGUGCUCAGUAUCAGGUAUUGGAUUUUGGAGAAAUGCUCAAACAGAUAAUUUGAUGUUAGAUUUACCUAUUCAUAUUCUCAGCAGAUAAGCAGGGAACAUAACUGCUGAAAAAUUUCCUUGCACAGGUGUUUUUAAACUCUUAAAUGAGUAAAUUUAUAGCUUGUUUUCAAUGACACCAUUUCCCACAAAGGCAAGCAAAAAAUUGGCAAGGUUCCAGUCUCUAACUUGAAUCUCCUGUUUUAUAAGAACUAUGUCCAUUUCAUUUGUGUUUUAUGACACUUGGAAUACCGAGACAUGUAUUAUUAAUCCCCAUGUCUCAGAUAAAUCUAUAUGCAGGAUGAUAUUAAAGGAUAUACUUUGUUUAGUUACACAGAUUUUUUUUUUUCUUUUUUUUCUUUUUU